CCCUUUCUCUCUUUUGCACCCAACUGUCCUCUGCUGCUGCUUGACACGAUGCGACUGCGUGUUGGUGCUGCUGCUGCGACUUUUGCAGCAUGGAAUUGAGCCUUUCGGGCGUUGACGGAGCGCUGAGGUGCACCAAGGCGGUACAAGGUACAUACAGGCAAGUUCCAGCACCCGAGGAGAUGGACUGACGGCUAUUCCGGGCAAAGAGAGGCCGAUGCGAAGAUGGGAUGGAUAUAAAGGCUGGAUGGGAAGGCCUCUCGGAUCAAUCGCCAAUAGCCGGGGCUCAACAAGACGCUGCACUGUUGAAUCAGGACCGACAUGCCUAGUUCCCAUCUGUAACCCAGUCCCGGUGUGCUUUUCUCUUCGUUGCUUUUUAUUUCCAUCCCCUUUCCCUCAGUAUAAGACGGAAUAUACUUGUAGCGCUCUUGUCUCAGGCGUCGUCCGCCCACUAAACCUCAUUCUGGGGCUUCUCCAUACCUCGUCCAGUGCUUCACGUGCUGCCACACGUCCAGCUUCGCCUCCCUUUCUUUUUGCCCGCCCCCUCGCCCGCGCUUCCAAAAGCAGAUUCAGCCGCAGCGGUAGCGGCAUCGCGUCGCCGGCGAGGAGAGAGUCAUUUUGUUGCUGCUGCUUGUUGCUGCUUAUUGCAGUUGCAGCUACAGUUGCAGUCGCUCCGGCUUUUACUGUGGCCACUGCUGGCGGGCCUGCUGUGCUGUGCUGUGCUGCGCUGUAGCCAAAACGCCCCCAGCGAGAGACCAGCCAGCUCCAGUCCUUUGUGGCGGCA